UGGCUGCUGCUCUCAUCAGCUACGCAUUCAUCAAUCUACUCACCUCCAAUGGCGACCCAGUCAAUUCAUUUCCAUGUUUAAUUUUCUCCUCCUCUUCUUCUUCUACGUCUACCAUCAGGUGCACCAAAAUCUUAACAUCAUCACAGGCACUCGCGUUCUCAACUUCUUACCAUAACCCCUACCUUCCAGCAUGUGGAGAGCUUAAUUUGUAUCUUUUAAGUGCAAGAGAUGUUGGGUAACUGCAGAAAGUUCGGUCUUUUUGGGAUGCCACAAUCAAGAAUUUCGUUGUUUGGACUGAGUUUGAUCGUGUGGUUGUGCUGGUCUUUGCUGCUAAUUGGCGCGGAUAGCCAAAUUACCCAUCCUGAUGAAGUUAGAGCAUUGCGGUCAAUCAGGAAAGAAUUGAUCGAUCCAAAUGGAAAUCUCAGUAACUGGAGGACCGGUGAUCCAUGCACUUCAAAUUGGAAUGGGGUUUUGUGCUUCAAUCAAACAAUGGGCGAUGGCUAUCUUCAUGUCAGAGAAUUGCAACUACUUGGUAUGAAGCUCUCCGGAAGUUUAUCACCAGAGCUAGGCCGUUUAUCUCAUAUGCAAAUCUUGGAUGUUAUGUGGAACAACAUCGGUGGGAAUAUACCCAAGGAGAUAGGCAACCUUACAUCUUUACAAUUGUUGCUUCUCAAUGGAAAUCAACUGACAGGAUCACUACCUGAAGAGCUUGGUAAUCUUUCUAACUUGGACAGGAUACAAAUAGACCAGAAUCAGAUAUCUGGACUGAUACCUAACUCAUUUGCAAACUUGAGCAAAACAAAGCACUUUCACAUGAAUAACAAUUCAAUCAGUGGGCAAAUCCCUUCUGAGCUGUCUAGGCUUCCAAAUCUUGUUCACUUGUUGCUUGAUAAUAACAACUUAUCAGGCUAUCUUCCUCCCGAGCUCUCUGAAAUGCCAAGUCUACUUAUACUCCAAUUGGACAACAACAAUUUUGGUGGGACUGUGAUUCCUGCUUCCUAUGGAAACAUGUCCCAUUUGUUAAAAUUGAGUCUCAGAAACUGCAGCUUGCAAGGGGGACUCCCAAACUUGAGCAACAUGCAUAACCUUUCAUAUGUAGACCUGAGCUUCAACCAGCUAAGCGGAGCAAUACCUUCAAAUACGCUCUCUCAGAAUAUGACUACCUUUGAUCUUUCAUAUAACAAUCUUACUGGAACGGUUCCUACCAACUUUGCUGGCCUCCCUCUUUUGCAGAAAUUAUCACUGGCAAACAAUUUGUUGAAUGGUUCUAUUCCAUCCAUCAUUUGGCAAAAUAGGAGUUCAAAUGCGACUCAAAGUCUCUUACUGGAUUUGCAGAACAAUAAGCUCUCAAACAUCUCUGGAAGUUCUUUUCUCCCUGCAAAUGUCACCGUUAGGCUUCAAGGAAAUCCUUUAUGCUCAAAUUCCAACCUAGUGCAGUUCUGUGGAUCUCAGAAUAAUGUUGUUGCUCUUUUUUUGAUCUCAUCAAAUGCUACCCAAUGUCGCCCUCAAUCAUGCCCCAGUGAUUAUGAAUAUGUCCCAUCAUCUCCAGUACCCUGCUUUUGUGCUGCUCCUCUGCUUGUUGGAUAUCGGUUAAAGAGCCCUGGGUUCUUUGAUUUCGGGCCAUAUUUUGAUGAAUUUGUAUGGUACCUAUCCUCUGGUCUAGGCCUUUAUCCUUAUCAGCUUGAUGUUGGUACAUACGCGUGGGAAGAAGGCCCUCGACUGAGGAUGUAUUUGAGGAUUUUUCCGGUGUACAUUAAUAAUACUUAUAAAUUCAACAAGAGUGAAGUUUUCAGAAUUCGGAGCAUGUUUACUGGAUGGGAGAUUGGUGAUAGUAACAUAUUUGGACCAUAUGAACUUCUUAACUUCACACUGCUUGAUCCUUACCAAGAUGUAGUGUUUCCUUCUUCCUCAUCUGGUAUAAGCAAGGGGGCAAUAGCUGGCAUUGUGCUGGGGGCUACAGCUGGUGCAGUUACACUAUCUGCAUUAGUUACUCUCCUUAUAUUGAGAUUGCAUAUGAAGAAGAAGCAGGCAGUGUCAAGAAGGCGUCAAUCUUCAAAGACCUCCAUCAAAAUCGAUGGUGUGAAGGAAUUCACUUACGAAGAAAUGGUAUCAGCAACUAAAAAUUUUGAUAGCUCUUGUGUGGUUGGACAAGGUGGUUAUGGAAAAGUUUACAAAGGUAUUCUAGCUGAUGAGACAGUUGUGGCUAUAAAACGUGCUCAGGAGGGAUCCCUACAAGGUGAAAAGGAGUUCCUCACUGAAAUAGAACUACUGUCAAGGUUACAUCACAGAAAUCUGGUUUCUUUGGUUGGGUACUGCGAUGAAGAAGGUGAACAGAUGUUGAUUUAUGAAUUCAUGUCUAAUGGUACCUUAAGAGAUAACAUAUCUGGGAAGUCAAAGGAGCCUCGAACGUUUGCUAUGAGGUUGAGAAUUGCUUUGGGAUCAGCUAAGGGCAUCCUCUACCUACAUACGGAAGCUAAUCCUCCCAUAUUCCACCGGGACAUUAAGGCAAGCAACAUACUGUUGGACUCUAAACUUACUGCAAAGGUUGCAGAUUUUGGACUUUCAAGGCUUGCUCCUGUUCCUGAUGUUGAAGGAAUGCUGCCUGCUCAUGUAUCUACUGUUGUUAAGGGAACUCCGGGAUAUCUUGACCCAGAAUAUUUCCUUACACAUAAGCUUACUGACAAGAGUGAUGUUUAUAGCCUUGGUGUUGUGUUUUUGGAGCUAUUGACUGGGAUGCACCCAAUAUCGCAUGGCAAAAACAUUGUCAGAGAGGUAAAUAUAGCAUACCGUUCUGGUAUGAUAUUCUCAGUCAUUGAUGAUAGCAUGGGAUCGUAUCCAUCUGAAUGUGUGGAAAAGUUCAUCAACCUGGCUCUAAAAUGUUGCCAAGAGGAGACUGACGCCCGGCCUUCGAUGGCUGAAGUGGUUCGAGAACUUGAGAGUAUAUGGCUCAUGAUGCCAGAGUCUGAUACUGUACUGGUUGACUCGUUGGUUACUGACCCUGGAAAGGUUGAAACCACAACAACUCCAUCUUCAUCUUCCACGAUGAGAAAUCCUUUUCUUUCAUCAGAUGUCUCUGGUAGUGACCUUGUUAGCGGAGUUGUUCCCACCAUUACACCUAGAUAAAUAUAGACCUUUCUUCCUGUAAUUAUCAUUUUGCAGCGGUAGGUGGGAGGAGUCAUUUUAUGUAUAGAUUAUGUGAUUACAUCUUAUUUGCAACAUUCGCAGCUUAAUGGUUUAGCUAUAGAAAAUGCAAAAUCCAUACCUUUCUGCUUGA